UUUAACAACGUCAACUUUAACGUGAGUGGAGACAAAGUUGACUCUGAAUCAUCAGUGCUUUUGUCUAACCAUCAAUCUCUUGCAGAUCACAUUGCCAUCGCCUUCCUUGCAAAGGAUGCUGCCCGUGAAUCCAUUUUGGUCCCACGAGUGAACUUCUUUUCCUGGUUUUCGCUUUGGAGGGUUCCAACCUUAAGAAUUUUUAUAAAUAUUGCCAAAUCAGAUGAAAACUGGGAGUUAGAGAAAAACCUAAACGAAAUUCUCUUCAAGGGCGUAGUUGAAAGUAAAAUUCCAGAAUGGAUAGCGGUAUUCCCGGAGGUAAACAUAUACAGUCAGGAGGAUUCCGAUUUAUGCAAGAAGCAAAGUGAAAAAUACUACUUACCCUAUAUGGAGAACGUUCUAUACCCAAGAUUUUCAGGCCUAUUCAAUGUAAUGUCUGUUUUGAACGGUACUCCUAACAAGUUUACAAGGUUAUACGAUAUAACUAUCACGUACUCCAAAGUAACUACAGAGGAGCCCUUAAUUUCACAUGAGAUUAACUCCAACAUGUAUUCAUUCAAAGGGCCUUCUCUACUUGAAAUGUUUACAUCGACAUCUCCACUCAAUGUUAAUAUUCAUGUGAAAACUAGCUUGUUGUCUACCAUUCCAGUUAAAAGGCACAAGCUUGAAAAAUGGCUAGAGAAAACUUGGGUUAAAAAAGAUAGAUUGAUUGCAUUACAGAAAAUAGGGUAUAUGGAUCAAUUGACUUCUGAAAUUAAGGCACAGAAUCUUUAG